GUUUCGCGUUCUUGCUUUCUUCCCUAAGAAAAUAUCUCAUUAUUAUUAAUUAUUUUCGUAGAUAAGUGCAUGGUUUCUGCAGAACUCGUCUGUUUUGAAAUUAAGUAGAGUUUUACGUGCAUGGUUUGUGCUUACAUGUAUUAAUAUGGAGGAACUUCCAGGAGGAAGAGUACUGAGCCAAGGGAGAGUCUCCUUUAAAACUCAGCAGCAAUUAUUACAAACUGAUAAAAAUGUGAAGCUUUUUGAGCAGAGGUGUUGUAGCAGAGCAAAUGCAAAUGAAACAAUAGCAACAAAAAGUAAACAUUACCAUUAUGAGUCUUUGAAUAUCCCUAUGCACGCCAUGGAGUUCCUAUGUCGAUCAUGGAGCCCAUCUGCCUCCGACUUCCUACACACGUUCUCAUCAUCCAAUAACCAAAUAUUGGAUUUUGAGGAUCACAAGCAAAGCCAUAUAGAGGAGUAUGAAGAGAAAGCAGGUCAUAAAAGUGAUGUUUUAGGGGAGCAAGAAGGAAUAAUAGUUCAAGUAAAUAAUGGAAAACGACACACAGCUAAAAGCAAGAAAAAACAGAUAUGGAGCAUUAAUGGGUGGCUAAAAGAAAAUUCAUUGACUGGUUUACUGAGAUGGAGAAGAGAGAAGAAGAAGGAAGAAGUUCGGCUCCUCACAGCCAAAAUCCAUGCUGCACUUUCUGUGGCACAGUUGGCUGCAGCAAUUGCUGGCUUUGCAGCCACCAACAGCAUGGAAAAAGAAAAUAAUACAACCAAUGAGGCUGUGAAAAUGAGUAACGGGGUCGCUUAUGCCUCAGCUUUGCUGGCCAGUGCUUGUGCUGAAGCUGCAGAAUCAGUAGGUGCACGCAGAUCACAUGUUGCCUCUGCUGUCAACUCUGGCCUGGCCACUCAAGCACCUUCUGACAUUAUUACUCUUACUGCUGCUGCUGCAACAAGACAAAGAGUACUUGGGUCGGUUUCGAUCCAUCUGAAGCAUAGACAACUGAUGCUGAGCCUUAAAAAGAAGUACUUGGGAGUCUUAACCACGUCUGAGGAGUAUACGAUUCUGCAAGCGACAAGAGAAAAGAAAGUUCAAGGCUACUACUUGCUUGGCAUGAAAUGUAAUGGUGGAGACAUCAAGCUGCUAUUUAAAGACAAAGAGCAAUCACUUGUGUGGAUUUCUAGCAUUUCCAGUUUCUUACAGAUGUACUUGACAUUAUCUGCCAUUGAUAUGAAAACUGAAUUUCUGAUCACAAGAAUAAAGAGAAUAUUUCUUGGGUUUGCUGGCACUGCAUAUGAGACUACAUGGAUAAAGGGCUUCACACCCCAGCAACCCUUUGAAGAGCUGGGAUGUAAUCAUGCUAACUUGAAUUUACACUGA